AGGGCUGGGUCUUUGUGUGCCUCACUUUUGAAAAACUCUGGGAUUGGUUUGAAAUCGAUUUAUGAAGGUCAAAAUGAGAGAAUUACUAGAAUCUGUUAUUUGGAUCCAAAUAGAUUUUCUUAAUGUGGAAGAGGCUGUAUAUUGAUGAAAAAGCACGAGAACAUAAAAGCAUGUAAAUCUGUUGCAAAUGUGCGACCGUUUAUCUCGCUAGGAAAUGACAUCACGUGUUGAGUGCAUGGUCGCCUCAUCCCACCAUAUUAAACGGUGAAGACAACACAGGACAAAAGCAGUGGAGUCCAUGAGCCAGCAUGCUGAUAGACUUCCCCCGUUCCCCACGCUGGUCUCUAAUCUGCAUGCAGACAACUUCUUUGUGGAUAUUUGGAUGUCCUCACCAUAGCAACAGAGCUGCAAAACCGCGCUGUACAACCUCUCAUCAGACACAGUCGUGCCUAGGCAUCGCACGGCACGCGGGAGCCAGACGAAAGGAAGAUAAGAGGAGGAAAAAGAGAGCGGGGAAGAGGACACCGCCGCCUCGCACCUAAUUCUCUGUGGGAAUUCUCCUCAUUAGGACCAUGACAGCUCAGUUACAACAGCUCAGAAGUGCCAAGGGUCAUGUUCACAGCCGCCGGUCGAGCAAUCAUUCCUGCGCUCGAUGGAGGGAUGCAAGAAUUUCACUCUUUGCUCACCAUGACCGAGCCUCUCUAUGCUGAAUCCAUUUGUGUCCAACUGCCAGGAUUCGAUCAAGCGCGGGUUAAUUGCGAGAGAGCGGCUGGAAGAGCCCCCCUCCUCUUCCACGCUGCCAAUCUGUCCGUGCCUCUGAUUUUCCACUCAUUCUGCCUCUCUGUUCUCUGUUUACCUCUGUCUGCUGAUUUCUCCACCCCUUUCCCUCAGUCUCUCAUGCUUUCGCGCUCCCUCCCACAGCUCGCUAUCUCUCCUCCCCUCGUGCCUUCAAAGCCAGCAGUCUGCUCGUCACUCCAGGACUGCUUGCUACAUGAUCUCUCGGAAAACAGCCUCCGCGUCUUGCUCGAGCCGCUCCAUGUGCAAGCCUUAAGAUUUCUUGCCCAGGACGGCAGGAUGCUCCUGCGCUGGCACUGAUUCCUCUAUUUCUCUUCUCGAUUUCCCCUUCCCCUCCCCUUUCCUAAUCUCCUGCCCUCUGACCCUCAUCCCUUUACCCCUGACCCUAUUCCCUCUCUUCUCCCGCUCUUUCUUGACCAUGUUGCCAUGUGUCUACCGGCUCCAGCCUGUCCUUGUCUUGCUCUUCUUCACUUUGUUCAAUCUAGGGGAAAACUGUCCAACAACCUGCCUUUGCCCAGACCCUCACACUGUGGACUGUAGUGGGCGCGGACUUACCCGUCUUCCGGACGAGAUCCCCUUGGACGUGCGGAGGCUGCUCUUGGCGGACAACUGGAUCCCACGGAUUCCUUCGGAUUUCCUCGUGCUCUACAGCGACCUGGUCUACCUGGACCUCCGCAACAACUCCCUCUCACACAUCGAGCCGGGCACCCUUAGCACUUCUUCCAGGCUGGUUUUCCUGGACCUCGGUUGCAACAACCUGACCGAGAUCCCCAAAGGGACUUUUGGGGAAUCGAGGAGCUUAAUUAAGUUGCGCUUGGGCAACAACCCGUAUUUGAGCAUGGUCAACGAAGAUGCUUUCAUGGGUCUUACCUCCUUGCGUGAACUAGAACUAGAACGCAAUGCCCUGUCCGGGCUACAGGUGGGCGCCCUGAGCCAGCUGCCCUCCCUCAGGGUAGUACGGUUAGAGGGCAACCCUUGGGUGUGCAACUGCAACUUUGCCAACCUGUUCACCUGGCUGGUGGAAAACAAUCACAAGCUUCCCAAUGGUAUAGAGGGUAUGGAGUGCUCUUUGCCCACCGAUGGACGCCGCGUGCCUCUCAGCCAGCUCUCCCAGGACAGUUUUCGGGAGUGCCAGAUCACCCUCACCCUCACCGAUUUCCUCAUCAUCAUUUUCUCGGGCAUCUCCGUCUCAGUGGCCGCCAUCAUGGCCAGCUUCUUCCUGGCGUCCACCGUCCACUGUUUUCAGCGCUGGAGCAAGGGCACUAAAGGAGACGAGGAGGAGAGUGAAGAAUGAGGAGGGAGGUUAGAGCUGAACGACCUUCGAUAUGAUUCAAAGCUGCCAGUUCGUGACAGAGUUCAAACAAACAGCGUGGCUGAACAGACACCAGGUAGAACCUGAGCAGAAAUAAGCUGAUUGAUAGUGUCAGCGCUAACAAAGUGACCAGUGCGGACACAGUACCCUCGAAAUCAAAGGAUGUUUGGUCUGAAAGCAAGCCUUAGUAUGCAAACUUCCAGGGAUUUACAGGUCUUGUUAAAGAAAAUACUUUGAGAUCCUGUCCUGCAGUAGAGUUUUCAGUGUUGUUGAAUACUUGUGUCCGUAAAGUUUCCCUUCAUGUAGUCAAUAUAAAGUUAGCAGAAUACAACUGUGCUACUUGUUGAUUGUGCCAAAUUAGCACAGGUAGACAGCAAUGUCUCAGAGAAGCACUGAUAAUCGAUGAUAAGGAAUAAUGAAGAAGUCAAAUGUUGCAGCUUUAUACAGCCAAGUAUACGUGAUGGAAGCCAUUUUCCUUCAAAGGAUGGGGAAAAUAACUUAAGAAAGCAUUACCUGAAGUUUAGAAUAGAGCUUAAUGUGAAUAGUCGUGUCAAAUACCGCACUUUAAAAUGGUCCUACAGUACCUAAGUUACACUGACCCUCAAACCACCAGGUACACUGGUUCAGCCCAGAUCUGCCAAAGAACGCUUUGACUGAGGGACUGAGGUUAAUGUGUUUUGAAAUAUAGAUUUAUUUUUCUUUAAAUAAAGUCUGUGAUCUUAGCAAGAUUACAUUUAUUUAGCGUAAUAAUGGUACUACUCACAUAUGACGAUAUAUAAUAUCCUUAAAGUGACUAAAGAGAGAAGUACAUACUACAAAUGUCAUUGUAAUAUUCAUGUCUUAAAAGUAUAUUUGAAAAGGCAUACAGUGGGAUCAAAAAGUAUUUGGGCAUUUAAGUCUUAUAUUGUCAUUGCAAUACAUGACAAAAUACUAAACCAGGCAAAGCACAACAUGUCACAAAAGAUGUCUGCUUGGUUUAAAUGAAAAGCAAUUCAUUUAAAAAUGCUGUGAUAUAAUCAAAAAUUUUAAUUAAGCUAAAUUAAAUAUUGCCUUGAGACUAUAUGGUAAAAAGUGAUUGCAAAAAAUCCCAUAAAAGUGAAAUUUGUACUAAGAAAAGAUUCCGCAUUCUAUAUUUGCUGAUGUCACAAUUUUCGUUUUCUAAAAGAAUGAUGUUCACACAUUAAGUGUCACUUAAGUGUCCAAAUAUGUUUUAAGGCCACUGUAUAUCCAUGUGUCUUCAGAUUGCUGUCUAGUGUCAACUAAUAAUACAGUGUAUAACUAAAUGGCAUACAUUUCUGUUCAUAAUGUCAAUUCCAUCAAUUCCAAGCAAAUUAUUUUGUUAGUAGACCAUGUGGGGGAAACGAUUUUCGAAUGUCAGAAAGACAUUUGAUUGUUUGUGUUUUCAGUCUUGCUUCUUUCAUAUCCUUAUUUGAAAGGGCUUCAUCUGUCUAUAGAAUUAGAAAAAUGUCUUUUUAUGCACAAUUUCAAGAAUCACAUUCAUUAAUAUCCUAAUGUUUAUUACCAUCCUCUGUUCCACUGUUGCCAUCCAUAAACAGAUGCUCUGGAUGUACUAUUUCGAGAAUAUACAGUUCUUUUUCCCAGACAGGUAUCACAACUUCAUUUUUGCAGUGCAUGAAUAAUUAAUUGGAUCUGUGAAAUGAAGCACACAGCGUGCUAGCCUUCAAAUGUUGGGGAUGGAAAAAGAAAUCAUUGUGAUUCGAAGACCAUCUUAUUUUUAAAGAAUUCUAUUCUGCUCACACAACCUCAGCCAUCAUAUUGUGUUGGAUGUAAGAAGCACGAAUGCAUAUUAAUGUAAUGUAAAUGUUCUGGUGUCAGGACACGGUUGACCCAUAUGCACAAUCUUUCAAAGCUAGACUGUAGCAUGGUAUCAUCAGCAGAAAUCAAACCUGCAGCUAUAAUAUUGUGUCAUAUUGAAUGAUUUCAUGUUUUUUCAUAUAUAUACUCAAAUAUUUAUAGCUGUUCAACCAAUCAGAAAAAAAAUACAUGCAUAUCUAUGUAUUUGCAAGUGAAAUGAGGUAUUAUUGUUAAAAAUUCAAAUUCUGAACAUGUUAUAGAUACUUACUAUGCCAUGACAAUAAAGCUAUUUAGUCAUGUCAACUUGUAUGCAGAUCUCGGCAUGGUUUUCCAUUGGAAUUUCAAAUGUUACGCAUGUUUUAAGUAAUGAACAAAAUAUAAAAUCAAAAGAAACAAUAAUGAGAGUAAAGUAUAUGAACAGACAUUCAUGUUUGUCUUACAACAUACAUUAUAAACAGACAAACCUCAAACAAUUUGCUAUCCACCUUUUUCCUGAAGUGUCGCGGAACUGGGACGAUGAUUUACAUUUCAGGCCUCUGUGUUUCUAGUCAAAUUAAUGUAUUUUCCGGCCCACUAAUAUGAUGUUAAACCAAUGAAAAUGGUUAUGAAAAGCAAACGGAGCCGUAGUUUCGUCACUUCACAGUGUCGCAAUGACCGUCUUAUUGGCAGUGACAAACCUGACAUAGUUUAAUGAGUUGAAAGGUGACAUGAGUUUAGCUGCGUUGAAAACAGAUGAGGGCACAUACAGCUCCCAAUCGGGCGAAGUUUGCUGGAUUUUGUCCACAAAAUGAAAAGAGCACACAUUAUUUUGUUAUUUCACAGACAGCAUUGUCACUAAAGCACUGCAAGUUACGCUCGUUUUCUUUUGUCAUCGUUUAUGCAAGGCAUUCAGCGCCGAACACGGACAGAUUUCCAGGUAAGGUAAGCAACACAAUUGCUUUACAGGAAUUCCAUAAGCGUAUUUAUGUUACGGUAUUGGCUAACAACGGCACAGCUGCUGCACACAUUUUUAUAUUUACUUACAUUGAAAAACUUUCAGUUUAAUUAAUUCAGUCGAUGCUUUUUCACCCCAUUUUAACACGGAUUUCUAUGGAGGCCACCCAACGUUAAAAAUUAUGGCGGCGAAAAAGGUGGAUAUAAUAAAUUUUAAAUUAUAUUUGAAAUGGUUGAACUGCUGACACAUUUGAAAUUCCUGAGGGAGCUCAUGACGAAAGUUUUUAGUGCUACAAAAAGAACAUAAGCUGAUUUUACAUGAAUCGCAGAAAAAUGAUAUUUGCGAUGACAUUUCCAUAAUCAAUAUUUUUCUUCAUGUCUACAAUAGCAAGUAAAAUAUAGCGUGUUUAAUGCUGUACCGUCUGUUUCUGAAUUCAGUAUGUGUCGAUUGAAAAGAGCCCAGAGCUCCCGGCAUCAGUCAUAUCCUGUGUCAUAACUGUCACACUGAGCGAUGUAGUAAAGAUGUGUGUUGCAUCAUAACGUGGAGUAUAUUUGUUCUCCGUCUUAACUGAACACCACAUAUACCUAGAAAACCAACUACUAUGUAGUUACAGUACAAAGAAUGAGGGGAAAUAUGAACUGAGGGUUUUUCCUGCAUGACCCAGUGGCGACAUCAUCCAGUACUUUGUUUUUUUACUCCAUAUGGCAGUGCACUGUUGAUGAAAUACAGUAUCAUAUUAAACA